AUGAAGAAGGGUUGCGAGCAAUUCAAGAUUGUGCAUCAUCAUUCUACCCCUUACCGUCCCAAAGCAAAUGGAGUCGUUGAAGUAGCGAACAAGAAUAUUAAAAAGGUUCUUAGCAAAAUGGUCCAAGGAUCUCGACAGUGGCAUGAGAAAUUACCGUUUGCUCUUUUAGGAUAUCGUACAACUCUCCGUACAUCGACUGGCAUAACUCCUUAUUUACUAGUCUAUGGGACAGAAGCUGUGAUACUCGCAGAAGUCGAAAUUCCCUCGCUUCGAAUCAUUGUUGAAGUCGAGAUUGAUGUUACUGAAUGGGUUAAGUCUAGACAAAAACAAUUAUCAUUAAUAGAUGAAAAAAGGUUGAUGAUAGUUUGCUUUGGCCAAUUAUACCAGCAGAGGAUGGCGCGAGCUUACAAUAAGAAGGGGCAAAGUAGUCUUGUGAAGUUAUUGGGGAAAAACAAGUAUAGCAAAGUUAAGUUUUCUUAA